GUGCCUCAUAAUGAGCAGCUUGAGUUCAGGCUUUACUGGGCAGAGCUCCACUACAGGUUCAAGCUGGACGGAUCCAGGAUUUCGGCAAAACCCGUUUUUAAGCGAAACUGACCCAGCAAAGUGGGAUCUGUGGAAGAUUGCAAAAGAUAUCGAACGUUUGCAUCCUUUGAAGGCAGUCCAGGAAAUCACUAACGAAGUAAAGCAAUAUCUUGUGGAAGUCGAAGUUCGGGGGACCAAUGUACAAGUGAAGAAAGCCCAAGAAAUGAUCAACAACUGGCAGAACGUUAGCCGGGCUCUCAAGUUUGAUACAAAGAGGAAGUCUUUCCAAAAAAGAAAACAUGGGGCGGCAAGCUCUGCUGGUGUCUCUAUUGGCCAAAUCACGGGCACUGUAAUUAUCAACUACUCAGCCCAGUUACCGGAAAACUCGAGCGAUGAUAACAGCUCGAUCAACAGUGUGGAAGAGCACCAUAACAAGAUGUGCCGCGUGUACGUACAGGGUAGCUAUGUUGCUGAGGAGGGUAUGGACAAGCAAACAGAACUAGCAAGGAAGUGGAUCGUCCAAGGCGAGGAUAUGACAGCUCACCUAAGCGAAUACAGGAGGAAAUGCAUUAAAUUGGCGCACAGCAAAAGACACCUGUCAUACCGUCAUCUCCUUGCACUGUCGUUCAUAUAUCUUAUCUCGCCUACCAACCGUUGUGCUAUAACUUCCUUGCAUCCAUUCCAGCAACAGGCGGUAUUCGAGGAUUUAUCGCAGAGUUUACCACUUGUGCCCAAAGACGUGUGGGAGUUUUGUCGAAACGCGCGGCAUGCAGCUACACGAAAUCAAAACGUUGAGUCAUUCCUUCGAACCGAAUAUUCUGCACAGCAAGGAAAUGAUGUGGAAAUGUUGAACUGCAUUCAGAUCCUUUACACCUUGAACGGAGUCCUCCCAGCUAACGACAGGCAUCCGAUUGAAUCGGAAAUUACCGUAAGCACCAUUAAAGCCUUUAUACCGUCGUCACUCUACGUUGAUGGUGCAAAGGACGAAUGGCAAACCUAUCACAUGCCUUAUGUUGAUUGUUCAACCGGCAGAUCGAUCUCAUUGAAACCGGAUUACGUCAUGUACGUUGAACCAACUGCAAAAACCAAUCUCGAAUUGUUUUUCUUGGAGGUCAAGGACUGGCCCAACAAGGGCAACGUCUAUGAAGCAGACACAGUAAAACUAGGAAAGGAGAUGAAGCUUGGCCUUCACAAGUUGGUGAAUGGAGGAGUAAAAGACCCGAUAACAGUUGGGAUGUUAGUGGAAGGCUGUCAUGUGAAGACCUAUUACAUGGAUCUAAAAUUCGACGGCUUAUACAGAAUGGUCGAAACGUCUCUAUUUAAUCUGCCAACGAACCGAGGGGAUGAACUGUUGCUUGUACCACCAGUGCUUGAAAGGUUGAAGCAGAUGAAGGUAAUCAUUGAGCGAACAAUGAACAAUAUACACACGGCGAUGGAUCCAGCCCGGCCAAAGACAUCUUCCGGAAUUUAACCUUGUCGAACCCUAUCAAAAACCUCAAUCGGGGAAAAAACUUUCCAAAUGAUAUGUUAUCAGCCUAAGCAAAAUCAUUUUUCUCAGGAUUAUUGUAUCAAGUUAGGAUCAUAUAAACCACUGUGAUUGUAAACCACGGUCAGCUGCUUUUCGAUCUUCCACAGUAGACAGCCAUUUAAAUUAUUGAAAUUAAAUAGUCAUCAAUAAUGUUUUCAG